AUCCUUGAGUAAUCAUCUGAACCAGGCAGGCAGGAGUUGAAGGUUGCUCAGUACUGAUCAGUAGAACCAGGAGGAGAAAUGCAAACACUUGCCGCUUCAGGGUUCUCUCUAUUUGGUCAGAAUCAGAAACCCUUUCGCUACCAAAAUCCAAAACGCGCCGCAUCUGAACUUACAACAUGCUGCUGUCUGCAAAAGCAAAACAGAACAGCUUGGCCAUUGAUCUCCCUCUCCCUUUUCGGAUCAGGUUUCUUUUUGGGUCCUCUGAUUGAUGGAAUUCAUUCUAGGGUGAAUCUUGUGGUAUACGAACGUGCUGCGAUCGAUAUUGGUCCACUCCACACCAACAUAUGGGUUCCUCCUUUGCUUGGGCUCUUCUAUUGCACCGUGGGGUUGUUACAGCUCUUAUUGGAUGAAAAGCUUCCCUCCAGCACGACGGAGGGGAGCUUGGAGAAAACUGUGGCUUCACUGAUAGCACUGGUAUUAUUCAUCGAAGUGAGUGCCGAAUUGUACAGAGCAGGAGUGGAAGCCAACGUGGAGGCCUACAUAUUAUUUGCAGGAGCUGAGUUUAUCUGGCUUCUCCUGGAUAAGACCCGGCUGGGAUUCGCCACAGCUUCCAUAGUCGGCCUCCUCUGCCCGCUGGCUGAGAUUCCUAUAAUGAAGUUGUUCCACCUAUGGUACUAUCCCCAGGCAAACAUUGAGCUCUUCGGCCAGGGGUUAGUAACUUGGACAGUCACUUGUUAUUUCGCCUACACGCCAUUUUUGAUUAAUCUAUCCCGCUGGUUGAAGACGUCCAUUUCCAAGUAUCAAGAUGAUGGCUCUGCCUCGUAGAUUACUAUUCUUCUUUGGGUUUCCACUCCAAUCACAUCCUAUGUUUCCCCUUUUAAAAAGCGAGAGUGGAGUGGAGAGUAAUAAACUUUUUGUUAUUUUUUUCAUUCUUCUUCUGUUUAAUUUUGAUAUAUGUAUUGUUUCGUUUUUUACUCUAUUUAUUAUCUCCAAAUAUAAGAGCCUUAGGGGUCGUAAUUUGUCAA